AUGGCAAUAACUGAUCAAACUGAAGAACUGGAGAAGGAAAUCGAUCAGAUGAGAACUCUACAAGAGAAAAUUUAUGAGUUCAGAGGGAGUCAUGUGGAUAGAUUCGAGAGAACUAAAGAGCGAAUCAUUGAACUACAUAGCCAGAUGGUCAGCAAUGGAAAGAACAUGGUCAAUUUGUGCAAUGACACGUACAAAAAACUUUUAGAAGGUGCUGAGCCGUACCUAAACAGCGGCUAUACACCAAAAGAUCCUGAGCAAUUGACAACUUUGCAAAAAUGCUUCCAACUUCGUGCAACGAUUAAAGGUCUGGAAGAGACAAUGAAAAGAACUCAGGAGAUCGGACCGAUUGCGAUGGGCGAUCACAAGAUGCUGAGCUCCCUUGAAGCGAAGCAACGCGAAGCAAUGCGUCGCCGAGAGAAAUUGUUCAAUGUCAAAAGAUUGGCUAACGAGUUCCCUGAUGGUGCUCAAUUACAUUUUUUGGCCGUCCUUCCUGCCCUUCUCAUGAUUCUUGAGCGAUCGGAAAACGUGUCUGCUUACUACCAAGAAAAUUUCAAAAAAAUCGAGAGCAAAAUUUUCGAGCUAUUUGAGAGCUUGACCCACAACGAACCAUCCAAUUUCAAUGGAAUCGGAAGUCUUCUGUCAACCCAAUCGAGUUCAAGCUUGAGCAACGGAGAAAUCAAUCUGAAUUCGAUUAAGGACCACAGCGAAAUUCCACUCGACAUCUCAUCAGCUGCUUCUAACUAA